AUGUUCAACGCUGCCGUCGGACUGCGCAAAGCCCUCCGGUCCUCUUCUCUCGGUGGGGCAGUCCGGCUGGCGAGAAGAGGAGGCGGCUGGAAGUGGCGCCUGGCUUGCGCAGGCUUUUGCUCCGUGAUGAUGCCAUGGAGGGCGAUCGGGAGGACCUUUGCGCCUACCUGGAGAGCUGCAGGCUGUGGCAGAAGCAUCGCUGCGCCGCUGACCUUGCGGCGGGUGGUCAAUGAAGCUGGCUUUGAGGUGGGCAUCACGAUGUCCCCGGAGGAAGCCGAGCAGUUGGGCUUGAAGCCCUUUGGCGACGGCGGCGCAGAGAAUGAAACCAGCCCGCGUCGCCCCAAGCUCUACACCCAUGGGCCCUGCUGUUCCCCGGCCGCGGCGCAGUUCGUCGUGCCGUGUGCGGGCUUUCAGGAUGCCGAUGAGCCGGAGCAGCAGCGCAUGGCAGAGGAGGCCUUAGAGAAGAUGCGGCUGAAUGGCUUUGUGGUCCUCGAAAGCCUCCUGCCCGCUGAGUGGAUUCGGAAGCUUGAAGCAGAGGCCCAAGCGUUUUUGGACCUUCCGCAAGAAGGUCUCAUCCCGCAGCCUUUGCGAGCAGGGCGAACGGAGGGGCACUUGGCCUUCACAGCACCCUGGGCCAGCGACUGGUUAUUGAAGAAUGAACUCAUUUUGGAGGUUGUGGCUGGCUACAUGACAAAUAUGCUGGCGGCGGGACGCACGCAGGAGGAGCAGCAGUGGGGUUUGGUCCAGUGGCUGACUUCUGGAGCGAGCCUGGACUGGUUCUCGCUGCCCGAAUGGGGUCCGAAAGCUGGGCCCUUGCUGGAGGCGCCGCCCGCGGGUUGCAGCGACGUGGGCGCCGCGGCGGAUGAAGGGCCCUUCUUCGGGCGCAUCUCCUUGAUCCGCACGCCGCCAGGUUCUGAGCCGCAGAAGCACCACCGGGACAUCAACUUCCCAGGGCCCGCGGCACAGGUCACCGCCCAGGUGGCACUCACGCAGUUGGAGGCCAACAAUGGCCCGUUAGCCUAUGUGCCGGGCUCCCAUCGCAUGCUGAUGCCUGGCUUUGAGGUGGUGGCGAAUCCUCCCCUCGGUUCGGUGGUGCUUUAUGACUCCUUCUGCGAGCAUCGGGGCAUUGAGCACCAUGGGAGGAAAGACAGGUACGCCAUGUACUACGAGUUCGAGACGCGCGGCGUCUUCAGCGGCUACACGGCGACCCACUUCGGCCCCAGCUCGGGCGAGCACAUGAAGGCCUUCCGUGCUUUCGUGGAUCCCGAGCUGCGGGAGCACGUGCUGCGGCGGCAAGGCAGCAUGGUGGGGGCGUGA